AUGUCAACCAUGAAAUUCAACAUUGCAUACCCAGUUACUGGUCUUCAAAAGAAAAUUGAGAUUGAUGACGAUAAGAAGAUUCGCCACUUCUACGAUAGAAGAAUGGGACAAGAAAUCGACGGAGAAGUUUUGGGAGAAUAGUACAAAGGAUACGUUUUCAAGAUCACUGGAGGUAACGAUAAGCAAGGUUUCCCAAUGAAACAAGGAGUCUUGGUCAACGGAAGAGUUAGAUUGCUCCUCAAGAAAUAGACAACUACUUACAGACCAAGAAGAACCGGAGAGAGAAAGAGAAAGUCUGUCAGAGGAUGCAUCUGCGGUCCAGAUCUUGCCGUUAUCGCACUCAGAAUCGUCAAGAAAGGUGAUGCUGAGAUCGAAGGUGUUACCGAUGGUGACAAGCCAAGAAGACUCGGCCCCAAGAGAGCCAACUACAUUAGAAAGGUCUUCGCUCUCAGAAAGGCAGACGAUGUUAGAAAGUACGUUGUCAGAAGAGAAAUCAAGAAGGGAGACAAGACUUUCUACAAGUCACCAAAGAUCCAAAGACUCAUCACUGAGAAGAGAAUCAGAAGAAAGAAGCUCAUCAAGAGAGAGAAGGUCAACAGAUUCAAGAGAUCCAAGGAUGAGAAGGCCAAGUACGACAAGGUUCUAUCCAAGUACAUCAAGGAGAGAAAGGCUGCUCACCACACUUCACACGCCGCCCCAGUUGAAGCUGCUCCAGCAAAAACCGCACCAGCAAAGGCUGCCCCAGCCAAGACUGAAGCAAAGGCUGCUGCCCCAAAGAAGAAGUGA